CGCAGGGCCGGGCCGGGCCGGGCCGGGCCGCGCCGCCAUCUUGGGCGGCGGGCGAUGGGCCCCGGGGCGCGGCGCUGGUGGCGGGCGGCGAGCGGCGGCUGGAGGCGGGCGGCGGCAGCCGGGGAGGCGAGGGGCCCCGGGGCGGCGGGUGCCGGCGGCCGCAGCCUCUGCUCCCGCGGGGUGCCCGGCCUUUCCUACCAGGAGCUCAAAGACUUGAAGUCGACCAACGUCCUCCACAUAGACGUGCGGGAGAGGUGGGAGAUCGAGAGGUUUGGGAAGAUUCCGGCAUCCAUCAACAUCCCCUUGGGUGAGCUGGUGGAAGCUCUACAAAUGGACCCAGCGGAGUUCAAGGAGCAGUACAAUCAAAAGAUGCCAGCCAAGUCAGACCCUGUGGUUUUCUCCUGCUUGGCAGGAACAAGAAGUAAACAAGCACUGGGUUUUGCCACGUCCUUGGGUUUCAGCAGAGUUCAGCAAUAUGCUGGUGGCUUUGAGGAUUGGGUAAAACAUGAACCUCCAGAGAAAAAAUGAAAGAUGACUGCCCUAACACCUGCCUCAUCAGGGCUUCAGGAUGGUUUGUAGGUUUUUAGCAUUCAAACCCCAUGCAUUCCACUUCCUGAACACAGCCUGCUCCUCUUUUGCCCUGCACAUCAACUGCUUGUUUUAAAUUACAUCUAAAGACUAUGACGUGAGCAGAUGAUAUUAAAUUUGUUCAACGUUUACUUUGGUCUGUGUUUUUAUGUGAAAGUAUGUGAAGGGAACCUAAGUGCUCAUGUUGACUAAGAUUUUUGUAUGAUGUAGUUUAUGACUGUUCAAAUUAAUGGUGAUAGGACAAAUAAAAUUAUUCUUUCUCAA